AACGUCUCUCACAUGCAGGUCUGUACUGCUGCGACAGGGCAGCUACCCACUGCCAGAUGGCUUGCCGACAAAUCCUUCGCACUAUGAGCACAGAGCACGAGAUUAUGGAGGGUUUGAUCAAAGAGUGCGGCUCCCAGCCGCUCCCUCAGGAGCCCAUGUGGCAGUGCUUUCUGAGCAGUGUCCAGACUCCUUCCAUCACUGAAGAGGAUAACCUUCCUGCCAAGAUGGACUGUGCCAAGCUGCACUGCUGCUCCAAAGCCAACACCUCCCUCUGCAGGGACAUGUGUCUGGAGAUCAGCUCUAACUGGGGCAGCCAGACAUGGCAGGACUUUGACCAGCUCUGUGAGUACAACCCAGUGGAGACAGAGCUCAUCAACUGCCUGGCUGACGUCAGAGAGCCCUGCCAGCUGGGCUGCAAGGACCUCACUUACUGCACCAACUUCAAUAACAGGCCCACGGAGCUGUUUCGCAGCUGUAACAUCCAGUCAGACCAGGGUGCCAUGAAUGACAUCAAGCUGUGGUCUAAUGGCACAAUUAAGAUGCCCUUCAUGAACAUCCCUGUGCUGGACAUCAGGAAGUGUCAGCCCCACAUGUGGAAGGCUGUGGCCUGCGCCCUGCAGAUCAAACCCUGCCACAGCAGGUCCAGAGGCAGCGUCAUAUGCAAAUCAGAUUGUGUGGAUAUCCUGACCCAGUGUGGAGAUACAAAACGUUUCCACGAAGGACAAACACCAGAGAGGAUCUGUGAGCUCCUGUCGCCCAUUGAUGACCCUGAACACUGCAUCCCUCUCUACAGAUACCUUAGUGAGUCAGGUUACUCCAGCGUUUGUUUGCAUUAUAGAGAAACAGGAGGGAUCAGCUGUAAAUGCAACAGAUGCAGUCUUGUAAUUCAAUAACAAAAGAUUUUAAAAAUCAAUUGAGUUUGCCACUAGAGGGCAGCAGAGCACAGAUGCUCAGAAGCUGAUGGAUACAGUAAUCCUACAAUGUUGUUUUGAAUAACAUUUUAGCAAACACAUUGCAGCUUGUAACACAGCAGACUUAAAGAAAUAUUAGCAUCCUGAUCCAAUGCUCAGUGAUUACAGU